GGGCAAGAGUGUCCAGCAGACCGUGGAGCUCCUCACCCGGAAGUUGGAGGUGCUUGGGGCAGAGAAGCAAGGAACAUUUUGUGUAGACUGUGAGACCUAUCACACGGCUGCUUCUACCCUUGGCAGCCAAGCUUGGCAUUCCACUGCACCACUGUUGAUGCCAUCUAUGAUGUCAUCAGGGUAGCAGCCAUCAACAUUGCAGCCCACAGACUGGGCAGUCCCCAGGAUUUCUUUUAUGGCUCCAGAGAUUUCUCUAACUUAGAUCGGUGUCUCCUCUGUCCGGCAAUGUUGACAUUCUCAUCAAAAGUGGUAUUUCCACUGUGCUUAAUGCUUUUCUGCUUCUUUCUGUCUCGUGGCAGUUCUUUGAGGACUUCGAUGAUCAGGGCAGAGGCAGAAGGCACUACCUCAGUCUCGACCUCUCUGUUCUGAAUGGUAAUAGAGAAGAGGAAACCUAAUCAAUGACCGGGGAAUAAUGGAAGAAGAUGGAAAAGAACUUGUUUGAUGGGUUGAAAGAGUGGAGCCUUCUGUGAGACAUGGAUAGAUGCAAACAUGUAGGGCGGUUGCGGCUGGCCCAGGACCACUCCAUCCUGAACCCUCAGAAGUGGUGCUGUAGGGAGUGCACCACCACGGAGUCGGUGUGGGCUUGUCUCAAGUGCUCGCACGUGGCCUGCGGUCGCUACAUUGAGGACCACGCCCUGAAACACUUCGAAGAGACUGGACACCCACUAGCCAUGGAGGUCCGGGAUCUCUAUGUGUUCUGUUACCUGUGCAAGGACUACGUGCUCAAUGAUAACCCGGAGGGGGACCUGAAGCUGCUGAGAAGCGCUCUCCUGGCGGUCAGGGGCCAGAAGCAGGACCUGCCGGGGAGGCGAGGUCGGACUCUGCGGUCCAUGGCCUCGGGCGAGGACACGUCCCCGCCGCCACGCACUCCUCAGGGACAGCCGCAGAUGCUCACGGCUCUGUGGUACCGGCGCCAGCGCCUGCUGGCCAAGACGCUGCGGCUCUGGUUUGAGAAGAGCUCCCGCGGCCAGGCAAGACUGGAGGAGCAGCGGCGGGAGGAGGCCCUGGAGCGCAAGAAGGAGGCGGCGAGGCAGCGGCGGCUCGAGGUCAAGCGGCGGCUGCUGGAGGAGCUGGCCAGCGCCCCUCCGCGCAAGAGCGCACGCCUGCUGCUGCACACGCCCCGCGCCGCUGCCCAGCGCCCCGCCGCCCGGAGGCGGCCCCCACGCCGGGCGCCGGCGGUGGCUCCGGGCGUCACUGGCCUGCGCAACCUGGGCAACACCUGCUACAUGAACUCCAUCCUGCAGGUGCUCAGCCACCUCCAGAAGUUCCGAGAGUGUUUCCUGAACCUCGACCCUUCCAAAACGGAACAGCUCUUUAACAGAGCCGCCAACGGGAAGGCCCCGCUCGCGGGCAAGCUGGCCAGCAGCUCAGCCACCGAGCUGUCGCCAAGGAGCCACAGGGCUGAGUCUUGUGAGCGGGAUGGUCUCUUCUGGAAUGGCGGCGCCUCCAUCACCAAGAGCCUCGAACUCAUCCAGAACAAGGAGCCCGGCUCAAAGCACAUCUCCCUCUGCCAUGAACUGCACACCCUUUUCCGAGUCAUGUGGUCCGGGAAGUGGGCCCUGGUGUCGCCCUUCGCCAUGCUUCACUCCGUGUGGAGUCUGAUCCCUGCCUUUCGCGGCUACGACCAGCAGGACGCUCAGGAGUUUCUCUGCGAGCUGUUGCACAAAGUGCAGCAGGAACUCGAGUCGGAGGGCACAACGCGCCGGAUCCUCAUCCCCUUCUCCCAGAGGAAGCUCACCAAACAGGUCUUAAAGGUGGUGAACACCAUAUUCCACGGGCAGCUACUCAGUCAGGUCACAUGUAUAUCAUGCAAUUACAAAUCCAACACCAUUGAGCCCUUUUGGGAUCUGUCCCUGGAGUUCCCUGAACGCUAUCACUGCAUAGAAAAGGGGCUUGUCCCUUUGAAUCAAACAGAGUGCCUGCUCACUGAGAUGCUGGCCAAGUUCACAGAGACAGAGGCCCUGGAAGGGAGAGUCUACGCUUGUGACCAGUGUAACAGCAAACGACGAAAAUCCAAUCCAAAACCCCUUGUUCUGAGUGAAGCUAGAAAGCAGUUAAUGAUCUACAGACUACCUCAGGUCCUCCGGCUGCACCUUAAAAGAUUCAGGUGGUCUGGCCGUAAUCACCGAGAGAAGAUUGGGGUCCAUGUCGUCUUUGACCAGGUAUUAACCAUGGAACCUUACUGCUGCAGGGACAUGCUCUCCUCUCUUGACAAAGAGACCUUUGCCUAUGAUCUCUCCGCAGUGGUCAUGCAUCACGGGAAAGGGUUUGGCUCAGGACACUACACAGCCUAUUGCUACAACACAGAGGGAGGUUUUUGGGUCCACUGCAAUGACUCAAAGCUGAAUGUAUGCAAUGUCGAGGACGUGUGCAAAACUCAAGCCUACAUCCUCUUUUACACUCAAAGAACAGUUCAGGGCCAUGCAAAAACCCCCGAAACCCACCUCCAAGCUCAGGUGCAGCCCAGCAACAACCACGAGGGCAGACCACGGACCUUCCCCUGAAAGGGAGGCACAGAUCACAGACUGGCUUGCUUUUAAACUAUUGGUGUCGGUACAUCUUUCCUGAUAGGAAAUGAGGUUUACUGCAGGAACAGUUUACUGGGUUUGCCUUACUGGGUCUAGAGCAGAGGUAGCAGGUGACUCAUAUGCUAUCAUAAAAUAUGUAGUCACUUUGUUUUGAAUGGAUUUGGAAAGUCCCUCCUUUGAUAAAACAAAUCAAAAGUAGUAACUUGUAUGAAGCUUCAUCAGUUACUUCUGAAUAUAGAGGGAUCUGGGUAGAGCAAAAAGGGAGUAAGCUGAGCACAUCCAGCCAGGAGAGCAGCCAUGUUUUCUUUCCAUUAUGUGAUUCCCCUGCUAAUCAGGGCCUCCUUGCAGCACCAGAAGAAUCCUCCUGAUGUAAGCAGUCCAGGACAAAGCACAUGAGGGGGGCCCUGGGCUAGCAGCUUUCCUGAUGGGAUUGGUUCUGAGGUGAAGUCUAAGGAAUUGUUCCUACAAAGGAAGUUAUCUUCAGGGGUUGAAAACUUGCAGACUUAAAGAGUGGAAUGAGAUGCACGGAGCAAAUUUCCCCAUGCAAAAUGGGAGUUUUUUCCCGUGUCAUACCUUCCCUGGGGCUUCUGAGACUGGCAUGAACAUCCCUUCAUUCUAAAGGAGAGGUUCAUAUAGGGAAGCAGUAAACUGGCUCGGGACAUGUUCUGCGUAGCCUAAGGACACUCCUGGCUACUCAGUCCGCUAGUGAAUCCCUGGUUCAGGUCAAGGUCUAGGACAGUGGUUCUCAACCUGGGCUGCACGUUAGAGUCACCGGGGAGUCUUUUUAAAACCCUCAUUUCUGGGCCUCAUCCUCCGGGAAUUCUGUUUGUUACUCAUGUUGUGGCCUCACCCCAUAACAAAGAAACAGAAUUUCCGGAGGAUGGGGCCCAGAAAUCAGGAUUUUAAAAAGAUUCCCAGGUGAUUCUAAUGUGCAGCCCAGGUUGAGAACCACUGGUCUAGGGUUUAGUUUAAUAGCCAGUGGUCCAGGGCUUAUCUGAAUGCCUGUCACCUGAUCCCACUUGGUGCAGCAUGUAGCUUUUCUUAGCUCGCAGCUUCUUUCUUGCUCCUGGAGGGCUAGAACAUUACUGUCACCACAAAGUUUGGGAAAUUUUGCUUUCCAAGGGCUUAGGAAGCUGUCCCCCAAAUGUCUGAAGAGUAUACUGCUGGUGGCUCUGGCUUGUUUCCUCCCAAAUCUGAUCAUCCUUACUGUUUCUUUACCCAGCCACAGAGUCCACCAGAGAAAGCAAAGGUGCCGGGGCCUUUACUCCAGUGCUAGCAAAAGAGACCUUUCUACAUGGGGUUUCUAAGUGGAAUGAAAUAGCCCAGAUGGAGACCUUCCUCUUCAUCAGGCACCACUGAACUUCCCUUCUUAAUCCUUCACUUAAGGCUCACCAGUACACGUGAAGGCAAACCGAAACUCUUGUGGGAUUGCUGUAGGCUGCCUCAGCUUGUCAUAUGAAUGCUCAUCUUUUGACUGAGUAUGUCAUAUAAACAUUUCAAUUCAGGUAGAAGUAGAGUUGUCACUUGAAGGGAGUAGAUAUGGAAGGGAGUUUGGGGAGGGAUGGGAAGCUGAAAAAAGAGAGGGUAACAAAUAAGGGUUGUAGCGUUAGCGCUACCGACGAGCCACAUUCUGGAGCAGAUCUGGAGCAUUUGCUUUUUACCUCUUUUGAGAUCAACUUUCCCCUAGGACCUGCCAGACAGCACUGAAACAUGGAGGAAAUUCAGAAAGAAAAUGGCUCACCCUGCUAAGAAAGGGAGAGCUCCUAUAUUUUAAAUUACACUUGCUUUUUCCAACACUGUGAGGUUUCUGUAAUAUUUAGCUUUUAUUUGGAAGCGAUAGCGUAUGGCAUUUUUUUAUGCUGUUUGGUUUAUAUUGUCUGCUGCAGGCUUCUUUGUAUAAGCUUGGCCUGGGCUCACCUUCUCCUGACACUGUUUUAAAGUGUCACAGCUGCAUACGCUGCCAGAGGCUCUGAUGUGAAGCUAUACUCUCCAGAUCCACAUUUUUAAGUUGGAAUGAUUGGUAUGACUUUUUGUGGCAAUAGAAAAGCCCAUUAACUAAAAACAAUCUGGGAGAGUAAAAAGAAAAGGAAAAUAUAAAUUGUGCCUCAUCUUUCAUUGAAUGCUAUAUUUACUGUUCUAGAAAAAGAUAAUUUACAAAUGGAGAAGAACUAAUAGAGCAUCUACUUCAUCCCUCAGGCUGUCCAGGGGGAAAUAUUUGAGAGA